AUGGGUAACUCACAAUCAAAUCCGACGAAGGAAGAGACGCGCCGUGCCAAUCGACUUUCCAAGCCUUUGACCCGGAAACUGGCUGCUUUGAGCUCGCCCAAAGUAGCUUGUGCAGAGACAGAUGGCCCGGAAUUGAACACUGGCUUGAUCGGGUGGCAGAAUCCAUGGGUAGGAUCUAAUCUCUCGACGGAUGUCAGGAAUAGUCAUCCAAAGGCGAGAGAGAUCCCUCCAACCUUGUUUGAGACAGAGGCACAUCCAUCGAGCGAGAAGAAUGUGGUGGAGUCUCCAGUGCAAUCACCAGUGGUUCAAGAUUUGGAAAUACUUUCACCAAUUUCACCACUCUCCAGGACGGCGUCAACCAGCCGUUCUUUCCGAAGAUCAUCUUAUCAAUCCGGGAGUUACGGCGGUUCCUCGCAGCUAUCCUUCGUUCCGCCACAACCUAGGCGGGCCAACUCUAUCCAAACCACCCUCACCAGACACAACAGUGUGAUCUAUGAGGAUACAUAUGAAGAUGCGACAUCUUCCAACACGCACUUCUUGGUUGGCAACCAACGUUUCUCCUUGACUCGCAGGCGUUCUCUCCUCACGCGACCUGGCGUGGCUACGAGACGGACUACCAGUGCAGUUCGACGAGUACCGUCUCCCAUUGGCGAGCCCACAGACCCUAUCGAUGAUCUAACCGACUGCAAAGUCUUACAAUGGCCAUUGCCACCUCGCCAGAGACCAUCACUGGAUGUGGCACCCCCGGUACGGCCAACCAGUCCUCCCGACAGUCGAUACACACAACUGGGAGCACUCAAGCUAGGAUCUCUCCGAGUCGUGAAUGGCUCGGCUUCCCCAUGCCCGAGUGAGCGUAUUCCUCUCAAUCAACCUGGUCUGGGUCUGGACAAGGUCGAUGCUAUGGGCCGAAUCAAGUCUACCCUUGAGAUCCCUGCGAUACCGGACCUGAAAAAAUCCGACGAUGUCCCAGGCAGCCCAUUCUCAUUCGAGAAAUCCCCCACAAUCACAGUUCCCCCACCGACCAAGUCAAUCUUCCCCGGCGAGUCAGAAGAUGAGGGAAUCGCCAUGUUCGAUGACGGCACCAGCCAACCGGACAAGGUUGCAGGUGACACCAAUCUAGAUCGAAGCACCGUGCACUCUGACUCGCUCAACAAGUCCGACAGCGGCUACAGCUCUGCAGCAUCCGUCAGCUCCUACCACCACAGCCGCCCUCGCGCAUCCUUCGACUCGCAGACCUCCGGGUCCUGCAUUGCAGACGGCCACGCCAAGAACAUCUGGGUCACAAGUGACCAGUCCCGCAGUCAUUACCGCAACGAGGAAAUCCAGCGCUAUUUCAGCCUGCAUGAAGCAAAGUUCAAGGCGGGGAACUACUCGCGGCUUCACCCCAAUUUCGACCGCUGGUAUGACUCGAUCGGCCCAGCCACCGAUCAACCCCUUGCAGCCCUACGAACUCGUCGAUCAACGCUAUGUGCUCCCCGGUACACCGAGUAUCCGGCGCAGAAGAUCGAGCUCGAUUCUGUUGUCACCACGGCAGCGGCGGCUAUUCAUGAAGAGCAGGUCUACUCUCGGGGGCCGUUGUAUGCGGAUCGCUUUUCACUCGAUAUCUCGCGAAGUUCGGGCUCGUCCACGUCGCUAGGAACAGACACACCGCCGAGCUACCAGCAGGUCGGGGCCGCGAAGGUCCAGGUCCAGAUGCACCGGUCCGCUUCGGAGCGGUACCUCGAUGCCAAAGCCAAACACGACAUAUUGACGCAUCGAUCGCGAUCCCGAAGUCGCCCUGGCAGCCGGGUAUGGUCCCAGAAGCCCGGUAUCGAGGUCCCACCUCUCCCCACGAUCCUGUCCCCGGAUCACCUGCACGGGGAAGAAGAUGGCAUCGGUUUGUCUGUUCCCGAGACUCUCCGUGGUCGACCUCGAAGCCGGAGUCAGGACUACCGUCGUCGCAAGUUGACCAAGGCACGUCCUCAAGGGGAGAUUCAUAUGUGA